AUGAGCAGCUUAAAUCGCUCGACGAUGCUAGGAAAGGAAAAGAAAAAUAUACAUCUUAAAGAGCCUCUUUUUUGGGCAAUAUCUGGCUCAAUUACUUUUUGCAUCUUAUUUACAGGGAUAUUGUAUGGGUGUAUUUUUAGUUUCAGCUGUGCAAGCUAUUUUCCUACGAUUUCAUAUCUCGCUACUUUUAGAAGCCACGACAGGUGAAUUGUAUUUGGCAUCACUUUUUACUCCACCUUAAUUCCUCUAUUAUUUAUUUCAGUAAAAACUAAACUUUCUGCUUAUCUUACAUGACUGACGAAUCUUAUAGGACUUGCUGGGUGUUUUUUGAUAAUAAUUACAGGCGUUGUCGAUGAGGUUAAUGGUCUUUAUUUCAUGCCUCUGGAUAAAGCCCAUCCUUUUCUAACUUUAUUUGGGUAUUUUUCUUUUGCUUACUGAAUUCAUUCAGUUCUUAAAGCUUUUGAAAGUAUUCAGCUUGAAUUUUCAGAAAGAUUUUGAUUACUAAAAUGCAAGAAAACAGUGAUGGCUAUUCAUGUUCUUUUCGUAGUCACUGGUUUCCAAUGGCAUUUUGCCUAUACAAUUUAUUCGAAUUUUCUAGUCUUAUCUUAUAUUAUCGAGUUUUUUAACGUCUCCUAAGUUGCUGCACACUACCGUUUUCGUCACUCUGGAGUCAAUUUUCUGCAAGGAAUGAUAUUUGAUGGAGGUAUCAAAAAGAGCCGCUGGAAAUAUGCUAACGACAGAUCGCCCUGAUCUCUCUCUCUCCAGCUAAAGGUCGACCUACCUUGGAUUGGUUGAGCAGAAAAAUCACUAUGCCUUUCACUAUCUUUUGAUUAGCCGUCCGCUCAUUGUCUGGCUUGCCUGCUAUAGACGGGAUAGGAUUUAGCGUGAAAGCUGGACCUCAUAAUCAAAAUAUUGGUGAAUGAGAAACAAUUAGCAAGCUAAUUAGUUUUGAAAGAAAUGCCAUUAUUCAAGUUUUCUAGUCAACGAAGUCGUCGAAGCAUUGUGUGAGUGAAGCUUAAUUACACUAGCGUUAAGUUUGCCAUAUCAAAUUUCCAGGAUAACAAACACAAGUAUCAGCUUGACUUGGCUAGCAAGAAAAUAA